AAACGAGGCGGGGGAUUGGGAAUACAGAGCUAGCGUACUCGAGUCGCAUACUGGAGCAGCUAAGAUCACUGUAAUACCUGGAGGAAAAGUUCCGCACAAAACAACCGCAUUUGGCCAGUUCUUUGAAGAGAAAGAAGAUACCGUUAAAAAGUCUAGAUGAUCCCCAGUGAGAGAUGUGGAUACCCCCAGCCCUCCAAUGCUGAGCACCAAUAGAGGUCAAAGGUCGACAAGGUUAGAAGGGGUCAACACCACCAUGGCUGACAGAGAUGGGCAUGGCGGCGGGGUGGAUGUGCCCACCAUCGCACCAGGCCAGGUGUACGUGGAGGUGGAGUACGACUAUGAGUACACGGCCAAGGACAAGCUGAUCUCCAUCAGGCAGGGGGAGUGCUACAUGCUGGUCAGGAAGACCAACGAGGACUGGUGGCAGGUGAGGAAGGAGGAGGGGAUGAAAGCCUUCUAUGUCCCAGCACAGUACGUCAGGGAAGUGCGCCGGGCGCUCAUGCCCCCUCAGAAGCCUCUCGUGUCGUGCGGGAUUGGUGGGAUGAGUGGGGCGGUCCGUGUGAAGCCUACAGUUCUGGAUAUAUGCAGAGCGUCCAAUGAGAACCUCAACAACAGGCCGCCUCAGGAGAUGUCUAGUUUUGGGCGUCCGUCGCCCUCCUCCACGCCGUCGCUCUUUCCGGUGCACGUCACCCCGCCCGCUCUGCCCAAGGACGCCAACCAGAACCCGGGCAGCCCGCGGCACAGCAAGCCCCCUGGUGUAGCCGAGCUGGUGCUCCUACACAACAACAAUAACCAUCACCACAGCAACAACUCCACAUUACCACGGAUGCGGGCAGACUCUCCACCCCCCAGGGCCCCUUACAACGACCAUACAAACCACCAGGGAAGUGAUGAUACAGACCAGACCCCCUCCUCUUCUGGCGACUCCCCGGGGGAGGGGUCGGAGACGCUCCGGAACGACUCGGAGUCUGGAGACGACCUAAGUAGCAGCUCUGCUGAACACAUGCAGACGACGUCUCCGGCGGGGCAGGGCCGGCCUGAGUCCCCUGUCUACACCAACCUCCAGGAGCUGAAGAUCUCCCAGUCCAGCCUGCCCCCCCUUCCUUCAAGCUCCCCACUGCAUGUCCUCGGGGACUGGGAGACCCACAAGGACCUCACCGGCAGACACUUCUACUAUAACAGAGCCAGCGGCGAGCGCACGUGGAAACCGCCCCGCGUACGGGAUGCUAGUUGCAGUACCAGUAGUAGUCGGGGAGACCCCCAUGGCACGGGAGAGAUGGAGCCACUGUCUUCCGAGGAGAACUGUCACAGCAGCACCUACUCCAGUCAGUCGGACAGUCAGUACGGCUCGCCCCCUAGAGGCUGGUCAGAGGAACUGGACGAACACGGGCACACCCUCUAUGUCUGUGAAUAUACUCAUGAGAAGUGGAUAAAGCACGUGGACGAGCAGGGAAGGCCGUACUACUACAGCGCUGAUGGCUCCAGGUCAGAAUGGGAGCUACCCAAAUACAACUUGUCUCCUCCCCAGCCAGGCGACCCCCCCAAGAGUCGUAGUCUGGAGCGGAAACAUCCAGACCCCAUCGUCCUGACCAAGUGGAGACACAGCACCUACGUACUAGACCUCAACGACAAGUUCUCUGUCAAAAAACUCAGGCGCUUUGAAUCAAGCCAUCACAUGGGGAGAGCUGGUCGCUCUCUUUUCUGUGGUAAACCCUCUGAGAAGUGUGGAGUCCUCAAUGUCACCAAAAUCACUGAGAAUGGCAAGAAAGUCAGGAAGAACUGGACAUCUUCGUGGACAGUACUCCAGGGCUCCUCACUGCUCUUCGCUAAAGGACAGGGGAGUGGCACCAGCUGGAAGUUUGUGGGUAACCAGUCGAAGCCGGAGUUCACUGUGGAUCUCAGAGGGGGGUCAGUUGAUUGGGCAUCCAAGGAUAAGUCCAGCAAGAAGCACGUCAUUGAACUGAAGACCCGUCAGGGGACGGAGCUGCUGAUCCAAUCAGAGAUUGACAGCGUCAUCAACGACUGGUACCGAGCCCUGACAGACACCAUCAGCACACAUGCAUGGGAGUCAGAUGAGGCCAUAGAGGAGGACAUGCCUGAGUCCCCCGGGGCAGAGAAACAAGACAAGGAGAAGGACCACCGAGACUCCAAGAAAAACAGAGCGAUGAAGACGUCUAUCAGUAUGGACUCCACUGACCAGAAAAAGACUAGAGUGAAGCUGAAGAAGUUCCUGACCCGCCGACCCACCUACCAGGCCGUCAAGGACAAGGGAUACAUUAAAGACCAGGUGUUUGGCUGCAGUCUGAGCAGCCUGUGUCAGAGGGAGAACACGUCAGUGCCCAACUUUGUCACCACGUGCAUCGACCACGUGGAGACCACAGGUCUGAGUAUAGAUGGCAUAUACAGAGUGAGUGGGAAUCUAGCUGUGAUACAGAAGCUGCGCUUCGCUGUGAAUCACGAUGAACAGUUAGAGUUGGAAGACAGUAAGUGGGAGGACAUCCACGUCACCACGGGAGCCCUGAAGAUGUUCUUCAGAGAGCUGCCUGAACCACUCUUCACCUACGACUCCUUCAACGACUUUAUCAACGCCAUCAAAUGCUCGGAUUACAAGCAGCGAGUAAACUUAAUAAAAGACUUAAUCAAGCAGUUGCCAAAACCGAAUCACGACACAAUGCAAUGCCUCUUCAAACAUCUCAGAAGGGUGAUUGACCAUGGAGAGGCCAACCGAAUGACGACCCAGAGCGUAGCGAUCGUCUUCGGCCCUACCCUGCUCAGACCUGAGACCGAGACUGGGAACAUCGCUGUUCACAUGGUAUAUCAGAACCAGAUUGUUGAGCUCAUCUUACUGGAGUAUGAGAACAUCUUCGGCAGGUAGAAAAGAAACACCUGAUGAAGAGACCUGUGAGAGAAAGAGGAUGGUCUGGUGACUGGUCGGACCCAAUACUGCUUAUUUUUGUGACUGAAACAUUGCUGCUGUGGACCAAGCAAUUAAAGAAAGAAAAACAAAAAUGUAAUUAUUGUUCAUUUGAUAAUAAGAUUAAUAAAGGAAGCUAGUGAACGACUUUGCACUUAACAUUUUGAGAGAGCUAAGUAUGAUGUAAAUAAAUACAGAUUUCAUUCACUUUGGUUACAAUGCCUGCUGCGAGUAGCAGGGCGGAGCCAUUGCUUCAGGAGGAGGGUGUUGAUUGGUUGGUUGGUGAGCUGGCUGGAUCGUGUCGUCAUUGCCGUGACAAUGGACGGAGUGCAGUGUGAAUGGCGUGGAUGGAUCUCCCUUGAUGUGAUGUGAUCCAGUGGAUUUGAGUAUUCAGGGUAUAACUGUUUUACACUGGAUUCCUAUGGCCAGUAUUAAGUACAUACAACAAGAGCUUGGUGAAUAAGACUUUCAUUGUUUUGGACUGGAGUGGAACUGAAGAAGGGUAUUAUGGGAUACAUUCAUGUGCCCCGCCGGAGUGACUUCCUCCUUUCUCUGAUGACGUCACGACACAUCAGCCGGGCACAACCCACUCCAGAUCCUUCAAACAGCAACAACUACCCACUGAAUGACUGGCUGGGUGGGUGGUCUCUCUGUCAAAUCAAUGGAAGCCCAUAUCCUGCUACUACCAUGUGUUAUAGUAAAGACCAAGCUUGGUUGUGUGUAUUAAGACUACUCUCAUUGCUUUGUGUUGGAAUAAUAUUACGCUGAACCUCUGAACUGUAUAUUCUCAGUUUUGUGGAACAUUGACCUCUGAUAGGGCUGUUGUGGUGACCAUAUUACUGCCACACCUGCAGUCAUGACCACAGUAAAAUUCCACGUGACAAUUGAGUCACAGUAAUCUCCUUUUAUGCACUCUGGACAUGCUUUAGUAGUACCCUACUUGCUAACUACCAUCUGAUCCUAAUGGCCUGGUUCUCUGGGCUCUAUUGUCCCUCUAACCACUCUGACAUUAAUGCAAAUGAAAUCGAAAUAUCACAUCAAACACUUAUCAUCAAAACAGCAGGCCUAUACAGUGUAAAACUCACCUCACUGUGAUGAUCAAUUUGAAGAAACAAGUUCAACAGCUGGUUGAAACAUUGUAAAACAUGGUUGGUUUGGAUGUUGUUUCAAAGCCUAACACAAUGAAAUGGCCACCGCUUUCAAAGGUGAUGAUUCAUUCUAAACAUCCAUAUGCAUAUUAGAGCUUAUGCAUAUUCUUAUGAGCCCAAGCCCCCCCCCCCCCCCCCCCCAUUAAAAAAUGUUUUACUGAAUAAAAAUGAUUAUUCUAAAGUUAUACAAUUCAUAGCCUACCACAUAUUACAAUGGCAGAAAAACAGAAAACAAAAGUGAUUUAAGAUGUAUUUGGUACAUAAUUGGUCUAGCCUUUUGAGUGUGGACUGUAUUAUUAUGCAGAAUAAUACAGAAUAUCUCACCACCAUGCAUUUCCAUCUCCUCUCUCUUCUUUAUUAUUUUCUCGAGCGCGCAGACAGUUUAGGGAAAUAUGUUUCGUUGCGAUGUUCCCGAACCGAUUUCAGUUGGUUUACCAAAUGAUGCACUAGGUAGCUGCAGGAACAAGGUUGGAGACCCAAUGCCAUACAGUGUUUGGGCGGAAUGUCACCUAUCGGGCAGCGAGAGCAUGCUCCUCAAACAGUGGUUGAUGCGUGUAGAGGAAUAAGUGUUUUUAUUUGUUUCUCAGCUGCUCAUAGUAAGCACAAUUCCGCUAUAAAACCGAAGUAGCCUACAAAACGGACCGUCGGGAAAGCGCGCUGCCUCCAUUCGCUGUUCAAGUGCAAACAGAUGACAUGUAUUUUUCUCCCUGCUCCUGUUCCUGACCAUUUAAUAAUGGGCCAUUCUAAAUCGGAACUAAUUUGACAUAUUAGUCAAGACAAGAUUAAACUGAGAAUAGUCUGAUUGGUGAAAAUAUGAGCACUUGAUGGGAGAACAGCUGUGCAGUCUGAGGCAAGGAAAAGAGCAAGCUUUUUUUUGGUACUUUCUCCAAUCAUCAAUUAGUCGCAUCAUGCAGCCCAUACAUGUUUUGAUUUCAAAGUAAUUCUAAGGUUUGUAUCAUUCACAGCUAAAGUUGCCAAAUAACUCUAAAUAUAGCAUAUAGGACCGGGUUCAAAUGAUCACUUUUAUGCUCAACAUAGACAUUUCAUAUGCGCACUCGCGCCGUAAUGGGAAAAAUAUCCUUUCUAUUUUAUUCAGCUAAGUUCAAUUAUACUCUUACUAUAAAAUAAAAUAAUAGCAUGGGACUUAUAACCGUAUAUUGUCAGCUAAUUGGACAAGCUUACAGCCUAUGUCAUAGAGCAUAGCCAGAUAACUAAAAUAUAUUUUCUACAUAUAUUUCUUUAGAACUGACUAAAUUAAAUAAUGGAUUUGUGAUGGUGUAUAUUACAUUGAUUUAUUAGGCUUAUUUUUUUUAAAUGUCGACGUUCCAAAGGCAUGCAUCAGCCAGCGGCUUGUAUGCUGGAGGCCUGGAGAUGCUAAUUGAGUUUUAUGUUAAUUACCGGUCAAUUACCAUGAGACGGGACAGUCUUUUGCUUGAUAAUAACCGGCUGACAAAAUGUCAUGACCGCCACAGCCCUACCUCUGACUUCUGUGAUGUUAUUGUAUGUGCCGUAUAAAGCCCCAGUGGUAUGGAUGAAUACAGAAUCAGUAUUAAAUAUGGGGUCUCUUGGAGGUGACCCUUGGAUCAACUGGAUGGGACAUUACUCAUAUGUAUUGCUUAUAUUUCCCCUACUUUUAUAAUGACAAAAUAAUUCACCAUAAAAUUCAUUCCAGGGAAAUGAACUGGACCCCCCCAGCUCUACCCUUUGACCCCAGUGAAAUCAUCAACAGUGGUCAGUAUGUCACAUGACUGGCUUUGGGAAACAUCAAAACAAACCUGUGUUUGAUGGGAUUAAACAGUAAAUAAACUGCUUUACGUUAUGACGAACAAUGAGCUGAAGUCUGUGUCCCAAAUGGCAUCCUAUUCCCUAUGUAGUGCACUACUUUUGACCAGGUCCCAUAUGGAUCUGAUCAGAUCAAAUGUAGUGCACUAUAGAGGGAAUAGGGAACCAUUUAGGAUGUAGCCUAAGAUCUUCCCUAAUGUGUACAGAUGUGUGUCAUUGUGAAGUCUAAUGUGCUUGGUAUGGUAGGCCUCUGCUAGUGACAGACCUUCAUAUUUGUAAAGUGGACAUGUAAGUAAAGUGUUGAGUGGCGAUUCCCUCCCUUUCCCCCCCUCUUCCUUUCUUCCCUCGUGUCAUGGAGUUACUGCAAACAGGACAAGAGAGAUGAGGAUGCCAGGGAAUAGCAGUCAACCCUAGCAUUACUAUUUUAGAUCAAUGCGUGCGUCCCAAAUGGCACUCUAUUCCCUAUUUAGUGAGCUAGGCCUCAGUGCCUGCUUUAUAAUCCCUCUGCUUACCUAUGCUAAUAUGAACUGGACUGGGACUAGAGAGAAAAUUGUACUGGAAAAAUAGUAUUACAUUAAAUUAAAGUUGAUUGCAAUGGAAGGUAGAAUGCAAAAAAUGACUCUGUGAAUAUUAUGUACAGCAACCUACAUAUAAAAAUUGUCAUUGUUCAAAGUCCCUUAUAGUAAUUCAAGUAUGUAUGCUUUGAUGGUGAGUGGUUGGUUCAAGUGAAAUAUCACUACAUGAUUUUGUAAAUAUGAAUUGUCCACAAGAUUGCAUAUUGAUCCUUACAAAAGAGGAAGUUGUUUUGAAAGUGUAUCUGGAUUUUGGCGCAUGGUCAGCUGCACACUUUGAAUGUACUUUUCAGACCAACUGCUGUUUGUGACAUUGCUAUGUCUAAUUAAAAAAACAACUAAAUGGGACAGA